UCUUUGGAAAGGUAACUGUGGAGAACUGCACUUUCCUUAUGGCAGGAACAGAGGUAACCAGGAGACAGACAGACUGGCCUGAAGGCUGGCCAGUCUUGUGUCACAGCACCUUCGACAGCCCAGGCAGUGCCAGCAGCAGACGGACAGCGGCUUCGGAGGACAAGAUCCUACUGUUGACAUUUGACAUUUCUGGAAUCCAGAUCGUCCGUGCAGAGUGGCCAAGAGGGAAUUUAAAUCAUACACUAAGUUACAGCUAACCAGAAAACUGAUCAAUAACCUAUUUGUACAAAAUGAGCAAUUUUUUUUCAAAGGAAUGUCUUCAAGAUGUGUUGACUUUCAUACAAUUUGAAAUUUCAAAGGUGUCUGUACUAUAUGAGGGAAAUAAUGGCAACUUAAAGGUUGUGAUAAAAAAGACUCCUAAGAUACGCAGGUCACGCUGUCCACCAAGCAUCAGCUCUGGAAUGAGAGAAGGGACACAGUCAGCAAGACUCACUGUUGUUAUUUUUUAAUCACAUCCAAUACUUUUUUUCCACAACUGAAGACAUGGUUCCAACUCUUCAUGUUAGCUUAUGUUUUCUAAUGGAAGAAUUCUUUGCCAUAUUUUUAAAGCAUUUUCCUCUCAUAUUAUCGAAGUUGAUUUCUACAGGUUUGAGAAUUGGUGACCAGUGCUGCCCAGAAUGCUGAGGUAUGCUCCACGAGAUGAGUCCUGGACCCUGUGAUUUGUUCUUAGACACCUUGUAUCUUGAGAAUGCCUUUCCUCUCUCCUACUAAAAUCCAGAAGAAAUAGAAAAAAAAGAACCUCUACCAGCAGAGGACCAGAGAAAGUUAACCCGAGAAAACUGUGUGACUAUAUGCACCUGAGUUUUGCCAGCCUCCAUAGCAGUCCCUCAACCCAGAAAAAAAAUAACCAGGAUCAAAAUACCAUUUAAGAUCGACUUAGAUUUGGAUUACAAAUUGCAAUCAUCAGAAAGAGGAAAAGGUGGAAUCUGAUUUAGAACUUGUUCUCUGCAGCUGAGGAUUAACAGGCAACCACAAGCCCUGCCCUCAAGCAAUGUCUCCUCCCUAAUAUACAUCAAUGUUGCACUGCCUACAGCUAAGAAAUCAUGGCUCAGAGACAUUUUUUUCACAAGGCUAAAUAUCUCCACCAAAGUAGUCCACGAGUGUGAUCCGGAAAGACGAACGCCCAAAAUGAUGCUCUAAAUUGUUUGAAAAUUCAAUGGGAAAUGGUUCCCAUUGCCUUGUCCAUCAUCAACUAAAAAAGCUGCAAAUGAAAUCUCUAGAAGACUCUCAAAGGAUGAAUGUGGGGAAAGCAGUAAAGCUUGUGUGGACUGAUUGUGAGGGGCUCUGCUGGAAUUUGGCAGCGCAGAGGCUUGGAGAGCAACCCCAUGCUGGCUCCUAUUCAGCGGGCCAGUUUUCCUCGAGCUUUGGAAGUUUCACUCAGCCGUGCACUCAAUGGCUUCACAAAGCUGAUUACAAGCUUCAGCGCAUUCCUGAAGGAGCCAAAAGCGACGCAGGUGCAAACGAGCCGAGGGAGCCCCUUAUCCCGGUGACAGAAUGGGACAAGCUGGGAAAGACUUGGACCACACAAAUCCAAGGCUCACCAGGCAGCAGAAAGCCUGUCUUGGGAACUGGGGGUCAUUAUCCGCUCUAUUCAGCAGGGGCCCGGGCAGCCACAGCGGCGGCGGCGGCGGUGGCCGAGGCGGUGGCUGCUGCACGUACAGCCCGGGAACACUUCGGGCCCCGGGGAGUCCAGCCCGAAGCGGGGACUGCCACCGCCAGUGCCCGCGCUUGCAGCAGUUGGGGACCCAACCGCGAUUCGGCGGCUGGGCCGGGGGCGCUGGGGUGAUGGAUUUGCACGCUUCCACCUACAGCUUCAAUGCAAUACAUGCUCAGACGAGCCCAUGUCAAAAACAGUAGUGACAUGGGAAGAAUAAGCGUGGGAGAAGCGUGGAUCAGGCGACACCGACCGGUCCCCGCCCCAGCCGCUCUCCCAGGCCACCGCCACCUAGUUCAGAGGCCGGGUCUGCCCUCCCCUCCAGGCCGCCUUUCCCACUUGUCUCCUUUCCCGCGUUGGUAGCGGGGGUACCGGGGAAGAGCGACCCCUCCGCAAUGCGCCCCCCAUCUUCACGCCGCGGGUGCAGGGGGGUGUGGCAGGAGGGAGCGGGGAGGGGGUCCCCCAGCGGCGGGGAGGCCCGAGGCCCCCGCGGGUUCUGCGUCAGGAGUUAGGAGCACGGGUUGCGGGGGCUGAUCCGAGACUUCCUUUGAACCGCGUUCGUGGCAAAGGCUGCCGCCUUUGGAGAGGAGGCGGCCCUUCCCCUCCCGGAGUAAUUAAUUAUGUCCCUUCCUCGCUCUCCAAGACCGAAAACUAGGGCAUGUGGGCGGCGAAGAGAGAAAAGGGCAGCGCUGUGGAGAGCGAGCCGAAGGGCGGGUUGGC